CCAAUGGGGAGCGAGCUUUCAACUCGCGCACCGACCAAUGGCAGGCGGUGAUACGGGAGGCGGCCGCCUAUGCGUUGUGGGAAAUCUAGCGAGGCGUGGCGACCUGCUUGUGAGAAAACCCCGCCAACGAGUGGCGCGUGGUCGCUUCUUUCUGUGUUUGUUGCCUUCGCGGGUUUCCUUUCGUCUCUCUCUGUCUUCUUAAUAAUUCGCCAUGAAGAUCGAGGAGGUGCGGAGCACCACCAAGACGCAGCGGAUCGCCGCUCACAGCCACGUCAAGGGCCUGGGCCUCGACGAGGCCGGCUUCGCGAAGGCCAACGCGGCCGGCCUGGUGGGGCAGGAGAUGGCGAGGGAGGCAUGCGGGAUCAUUGUGGAGCUUAUCCGGAGCAAGAAGAUGGCAGGACGAGCCGUGUUGCUCGCAGGGCCUCCCGGCACAGGCAAGACCGCGCUGGCGCUCGCCAUAGCUCAGGAGCUGGGCAGCAAGGUGCCCUUCUGUCCAAUGGUGGGCAGCGAAGUUUACUCUACCGAGAUCAAGAAGACAGAGGUGCUCAUGGAGAACUUCAGGCGCGCCAUUGGGUUAAGGAUCAAGGAGACGAAGGAGGUCUACGAGGGGGAGGUGAUGGAGCUGAGCCCGUGUGAGACAGAAAACCCAAUGGGUGGCUACGGCAAAACCAUCAGCCACGUGAUCAUCAGCCUCAAGACGGCCAAGGGCACCAAGCAACUCAAGCUGGACCCGUCCAUCUAUGAGAGCCUGCAGAAAGAGAAGGUGGAGGUUGGUGACGUCAUCUACAUUGAAGCCAACAGUGGAGCUGUCAAGAGGCAGGGCCGCUGCGACACGUUCGCCACGGAGUUCGACCUGGAGGCCGAGGAGUACGUGCCGCUGCCCAAAGGCGACGUCCACAAGAAGAAGGAGGUCAUCCAGGAUGUGACCUUGCACGACCUGGACGUGGCUAACGCACGCCCGCAGGGUGGCCAGGAUAUCUUGUCCAUGAUGGGCCAGCUCAUGAAGCCCAAGAAGACAGAAAUCACAGACAAGCUCCGCGGGGAGAUCAACAAGGUGGUAAACAAGUACAUCGACCAGGGUGUGGCGGAGCUGGUGCCAGGCGUGCUGUUUGUAGACGAAGUGCACAUGCUGGACAUUGAAUGCUUCACCUACCUUCACCGCGCGCUCGAGUCCUCCAUCGCGCCCAUCGUCAUCUUCGCCACCAACCGGGGCAGGUGCAUCAUCCGGGGCACGGAGGACGUGCUGUCGCCACACGGGAUCCCGCUGGACUUGCUGGACCGCGUGAUGAUUGUGCGCACCAUGCUGUACACGCCCGACGAGAUGGUGCAGAUCAUCAAGAUCCGGGCUCACACGGAGAGCAUCCGGCUGAGUGACGAGGCUGUGGUGCACCUCGGGGAGAUCGGCAACAAGUCAACUCUGCGAUACGCGAUGCAGCUGCUCACUCCGGCGAAUCUGCUGGCCAAGAUCCACGGCAAGGACACGAUCGAGCGCGAGCACAUCCAGGAGAUCAGCGAGCUCUUCUACGACGCCAAGUCCUCCGCAAAGAUCCUCGCUGACCAGGCUCACCGCUACAUGAAGUAGCCGCAGCCUAAGUGGUUGGGGGUAUAAAUAUGCCACACACACGUAUGAGGUAGAAGCCUUCUUCAUAAUAAACGUUUUUGGGUUAGAUCGCGUUAUUUAUAAAUGUGUCGUAACCCUCCACCCGCCAAUCGGUAAAAAAAAAGUGUCACGUUGACAAAAGGCAAAUAGUUCACUACUUUAGCCCACCGGUGUGUUGAACACUUUCUCUUGUCAACGUGACACUUUUUUUACUGAUUGGCCGUGUCGGGUGGUGGAGGGUUACGACACAUUUAUAAAUAACGCGAUCUAACCCAAAAACGUUAAUUAUGAAUAAUAUUGGUCGCGAAAGCCUACGUGUUAAAGAAGCCUUCUGAAUACUGAAAUCUCAUGGGGCCCGCUCCCUACGUUCUGAUGAACUGGUCGAGUGGUCUGUUGAGGUUCUUCCAUAAGGGAGUGAGCCUGUGAGUGGCUGAAUGCAAUAGGAGGUCUUGGUGUGGAACACAAGGGUUGGUCUGCGAUGUAAGUCGACUGUUCAACACUGCAGGCACGCGGCACGCAACAUUGAGGUGGUUACAGUAAGGUUUCUACUACAUAUUGUAGAGUUAUAUAAGAAUUAUUACUGUAAUAACUAUUACCACAUAGGGUCAGAAAAAUUAAUUGUCAACAUUUUGAUUGAAUUCAUGAAACUUUUAAUGCAAUUACACAUUGCUCCCUGUUCGACUUUGCCUAAAAGUGAUGGAUAUGCCUGGCGCCCCCUUAAAUAAUUUUCUGUUUUGAGUGUAAACUUUUUGCUUGGGCCUCGAACACCUUUAAAACUUUAUUUUAAAGAAAAUCUACUCGCACGCAUGUUGCAGAUCGCGAGGUCGUCUUGGGGGUUUACGUCCACCGAGGAGACAGAGGCGAUGAGAUUGGUUCACGUGCUGCGUGGAUUGUCGCAUCGCUGGAUCACGAGAGGUUGGAGUGAUCCUGGCUGAUGAUGAGAAUGCUAAUGCCUUGGAUGUGCACAUCUCCAUGAGUUCUUAUUUAAAAUCUCCUUACAUGAGUUGUUGCAAGGCGGAACUAUUUAUUUAAAUAGUUUAUUACAUAGUAACAGGGAUGGAGCAGAUUUUGUUUUUAUACCCUUCCUAAUGUCUAUAAAUACAUCAACCUGAAUGCAUGUAAUUUUCAGACGCUAAGCAGGAAUGAUCUUGGCUAGAAAUUUGACAAGAGAACUGCCUGGGAAUACCAGGUGUUGUAGGCUUGGCUUGCGAGAUGGCUGAAUGAUAACUACAGCAAUAGAUUCUUAAAUACGUCUGUGUGGGGCUUUGAACGUUACCCCCUCAUUCAUAUGCAUGGGUUUUAUUUAUUUAGUCCGGUUUCCUCCCACGUGCCAGACACCCACUAAUUACGAUAAUUAUCCAAACAUGCCUAAUAGAGAGUGGUACUUAACAAACCAGUGUCUCGCGGCAAAGACCAAGGUGUGCUACGCUAGUUUUGGAAGUACAGAAGGGAAAGAACCUCAGCUCGCAGACUAGUGCAGAAGAAUUCUCCUCUCGUGCCAUUCAGUGGUCGAUCAGACCCCUGUCUCCCUUCCUGCCCUUUCUAUUGGCCGUGCGUGCACAGAACGACAGCUGCAGUGCAUUUCUACCCACCGGCCCGGGGCCCACGGCGAUUUAUUGGGAUGCCACGGUGGUGAGAUGUUCACUACCUCGCCUGGUAUACAGGAGGUCGUGGGUUCGAUCCCGACGCCUGUAUAUUUGGAGCUUGCGCGUUCUCUCUUUCCCUGUGGUCGCGUGGGUUUUUCUGCAGUUCCUCCGGUUUUUCCCUCCACAUUUAGAAGCAUGCGUUUUGGUUAAUUGGCUGCUACAAAUGUGCACGUGAUAAGCCACUUUGUUGAGCUAUCAUUUGUGGCCAGGUCGUUUCUGAAAAAAAAGCUAUACAGUUCAGUGGGCCUUACCUGGUACAAUAAAAAAAAUGUUUAGUUUUGGUUCGGAGCACCGCGAAGAACCGAGCAAGCUCGAAAGUGUGCCAUGGAAUAAAUAAAAUGAUGAGGAGCGCUGCGAUAUAGUCCUGAGACUCGGUGAGGAUUUCCUGGGUGAAUAAAGGGCAAUGCUACCAGUUGCAAUUAUUAUAAUCCCGUGAAGCACACCACGUGCUAAACUCUACAUUCAGCUGUAUUUGGCAAGACCACACACACACACACACGUUUCUCGCUCGCUGAUCUGAGCCAAUGUGCCUUUAAUCCAGCUCGAGGAGGAGCCAGUCUGCUCCACCACCUGCAUAUCGUUUAAUCUCUGCCCACUGCUUUAAUUGACGGUGAUUGAUGCACGCAUUCCUACGUUCAUUUUAUACAGUAGACGGAUGAUGCCUACUUAUAGAAAGCUCAACAAUAUUGACAAGUGGCAAAAAAAAAGUUAACUCUUAAACUUGUGUUCGUGCUGUCAGCAUUGUGUGUCUGCAAGAAAUGGAGAUGUAGGUCCAAUGCAUGUUAACGAAGGAGAGCCCUCUGUUUAUAAACACUGCGAACAAAUGGUGACUCCUCACUGAUACACAAGCCACAGAUUUCACCUUGCACCUGUUUCAUGUCGUGUAACGAAUGUGCUUUUGAUAUUUUAUAACGUGUGUUGUUUGUUUAAGGUGCAUAAAAUAAAGGGGUUUUCUUCCUCGGCCGAA